UGUGGAGGUCGAUCUACUCCUGAUCCCUCAGAAGAUAGUACUAAAUUUAAACCUUGGUGUUGGUUGGAUUUCCCAUAUUUUCUGUGGAAAAUGGUUCGUUUUAGUCGCUUGACAUCCUGGCACAGCUGGGACCUGCUGCACCUGGACCCAGAGAUCCCCGAGUCGCCGCCUCCCGACACAACACAACCGGCAAAUUUCACUCAGGGUCAGGCUCGACGGAGGAAGAACAUGACGGAGUUCCUGGGGGAGACCAACAUUCCGACCCAGGAUGCUCUGGGACAGCUGCCCGCCGUCGGGGCAGGGCCGGACAACUGGAAGAACCGCGCCGCCAGCCGCUUCAGCGGCCUGUUCGGCUCCAACGCCGGAGCGGGGCCCUUUGGCAAGGAGUUGGACCGUCUCGAGCAGCUCCAGAGCAAACUCCACUCCUACUCGUUAUUUGGGCUGCCCAAGGUGCCGCGGCAGCUCUCCUUCCACCACGACUCCUGGGAGGGAGAGGAGGAGGCCAACCUGGUCAUGGAGGACAGCUGGAAGACGCUGCUGGACGAUCCAGAGACGCUGACGAAGCGACAGUUCCACCAGCAGGAGGCGAUAUGGGAGCUGCUGAAUACUGAAGCCACCUACAUAAAGAAACUCAGAGUCAUCACUGAUCUGUUCCAGUGUGGGCUGCUGAACCUGCAGGAGAGCGGCCUGCUGACGGAUGUGGAACCCACCAAACUGUUCAGCAACAUCCAGGAGAUAGUCCGGCUCCACAUCGCAUUGUGGAACCAGGUCAUGCUGCCCGUUCUGAAGAAGGCCAGGGAGGCCCGGGCCCUGCUCGACCCGACUCACCUCCAUGAUGGCUUCAGGACGUUUGGGUCCAGGUUCCAGCCAUACAUUCAUUACUGCAUGGAGGAGGAGAGCUGCAUGGAGUACAUGCGCACGCUUCUCAGGGACAACGAGCCCUUCAGGACGUACGUUACGUGGGCAGAGACCCAUAAGCAGUGUAACCGUCUGAAGCUGGCCGACAUGUUGGCAAAGCCUCAUCAGAGACUGACCAAGUAUCCCCUCCUGCUGAAAAGCAUACUGAAGAAAACUGACGAGCCGUCGGCCCGCGACAUCGUUAGCAGCAUGUUGGUCACAGUGGAGAGCUUCAUCAACAGCGUGGACUCGCAGAUGCGACAGCGUCAGGAGCAGCAGAAGCUGGCCACCAUCUCCGCCCGCAUAGACUCCUACGAGGCCGUGGAGGGCAGCAGUGAAGAAGUGGAGAAGAUCCUCAAAGAGUACAACCGCUUCGAUCUAAUGUCUCCCAUGAGAGAAACGUCACCGGAGGAGACUCGACAGCUGCACCUGGAGGGAGCUCUGAGGAUGAAAGAGGGCAAGGACAGCAGGAUGGAGGUCUACUGUUUCCUGUUCACCGACCUACUGCUAGUUACCAAACCGGUGAAACGAGUUGAAAAGGUUAAAAUUAUCAGACAGCCUCUCCUCAUUCACAACAUCGUCUGUAAGGAGCUCAAAGAUCCUGGUUCUUUUACCCUUAUCUACCUCAAUGAGUUCAAGAGUGCAGUAGCAGCUUACACUUUCCAAGCCAACAGCGCCUCCCAGGGGCGAAGCUGGAUUGAUGCAAUUUGCAAUGUCCAGAACCAGCUGCAGAGGCUCCGCAGUCAGGAAGUCCUCCGGCAGCAGGACAUUCAGAAGAAAUGCACAGCCGAGGAUGAGGAGGAAGAGGAAGAUGAGAGCAGCAACUCUGCUACCAGCUCCCCGAUCCUUCGGCACAAGGAAGAGCAGAACUCCAGGUACUGUGAUGUUCCACUUAUUGGCCUCAUUUUUCAACCAAUUCUGUUCAGCACAGUUUAAUUAAUGCCAGUUCAA